CACACUACAGUGCAUACCUAAUCGAUAAAGCUCCAGUCGCAUUGCAUCGGAGCUGUCGCAUGCCUCAAAGCAACUGCUCCCCCCUGCUCUUCUUGACACUUCACAUUCGUUUCUGCUUGUAACAUGACGCAAAGCCUUCCUUGAUACCAAUCGCGACGUGAUCGUACAUAGGCGACCUUCCAUUCUCCCAAGAUGAGUCACCAGCGCUACCCCUCCAUAGAUCCCGUCAAGGAGCCGCACUCGGUGUCCCUCAAGGUGCUCCGCCUGUCGAGACCAUCCCUUGUGACCCAACAUCCACUCACAAACCCAACUCCCUCCCCAAGCACCACCUCGAUAUCAGAUCGUGCGCAGCAAACGAUACCGGCCUCCCUGGCCUACAAAUCGACCAACGGCAGCACGAACCCGGAUCCGUUCCUCCUGACCCCGAUCCUGAAUCUACCACCUUCUUUCGGCUCUGCGUAUGUUGGCGAGACAUUCAGCUGUACGCUCUGCGCAAACCAUGAGGUGUCGCCCGAGGGUUCAGCAGCAGCAGCUGGGGGCGGGCCGCUUUACACAUCUACGAAUCUACAGCCCGGAGUAGUAGGAGGACCAGGAAGAGCAGACACGACACAUGCCACGCCGGACUCACAACAACAGCAGAAUAACAGCAACAACAAUAAGAAAAAAUGGAUCCGCGACGUGCGAAUCGAGGCCGAGAUGAAAACUCCCAGCUCCAGUAGCGCCGCACAGAAGCUGAGAUUAGGAUCGUCUUCCUCGGUGGGAGGACAAGGACAGGAGGAAGAAGGAACAGAAGAUGACGAGACCAAAGGCACGGAUCUCGACCCGGGCAAGACGUUACAGAGGAUCGUCAAUUUCGAUCUCAAGGAGGAAGGGAACCAUGUCCUCGCCGUUACGGUGUCGUAUUACGAAGCCACGGAGACGAGCGGGCGCACGAGGACGUUUAGGAAGCUCUAUCAGUUCAUCUGCAAAGGCAGCUUGAUCGUCAGGACCAAGGUCGGGGCUCUACCUCCUGCGAGGAGGAGAAAGAAGGUGCAGGAUAAUGAUGAGGAGGAUAAGGAGAACCGGGCUGCGACAGACGACGGCGACGAGAAAGACAAAGCUGGUGCGAGCGGCGGCCGGUGGGUCCUGGAGGCACAGCUGGAGAACUGCUCCGAGGACGUCAUACAGCUCGAUCGCAUACAGCUCAACCUGGAGCCCGACUCGGGAAUGAGAUAUCGGGAUGCGAAUUGGAGAGUCAGCGGGAGCGCCAAGCCUGUCCUGCACCCGGGCGAAGUAGAGCAGGUCUGUUUCGUGGUCGAGGAAGACAGCAGCGCCAGCCAGCGGCCCAAGAUCGACGAGAAGGACGGCAGAAUCGUUUUUGGCGUUCUGGGCAUCGGUUGGAGGACCGAGAUGGGCAAUAGGGGCUUCCUGUCUACGGGCAAGCUCGGCGCCAGGGUCCCGGGGGUAUAGCCUUUUCCUGCAGAAUCUUGUGUCCUUUUUUUUUUUUUUCCUAAUUGGAAUCCCAUGGCGACUUCGCCUUGUGUCACCACAUAUAUCUGUACACUUAUCCUGGCAAAAUGGCUUCUUGUUGCUCUCCGCCUUUACAGCAUUAUGAACGCAUUCGAACCUGAAAGAUCCUUUCUGGUAGUAGACCAACGGGAACACACCAAGUGACAGUACGAACCCCCCUCCCCCCCUCUCUUUUAGAAUUCACGGAGGGCCAGUCCCGAUGUCAGAAGGUUAGGUUGCUGGCAGCGGCUCGAUCCCGCUGCCAAGUGCGUGUAGGCAGUAGACAUACGGGAGAUUAGAGAAAUCUUACAGUUGACGCGAUCCCUUGUUCUACGUAUCUCCAUACAAAUAUAUAUUUAUACACGUG